GUAAGGUCGUGGUUGUGCAGUCGUGCAGUCGUAUGCCGCCAGUCCCGCCUCUCCAUCUGACCAUCACUGUAGCUUAUUUCCUUUGUUGCUUAUACCUAUAUAAAGAGGUGCUUCCAGCUUCCCCUGUUCCGGUUCGACAUUUUAUCUGAAACCCUAGCUCGUUAUCGCGGAAAAACAAACAUUUAAAUCACCAGUUCUUGUAUUGCAUUCUUACAAGCAUAAAGAAUUGGUUCAUUCAAUGGACGGAGUUUCAACUGCGCCGGCUGAAUCAACAUUAUCUUGUGUUCGAUGUGGCAAGCCUGCUCAUCUUCAGUGUCCCAAGUGUGUGGAGUUGAAGCUUCCUCGUGAAGGUGCUGCUUUCUGCACUCAGGAUUGUUUCAAGGAGUCUUGGAGUUCUCAUAAGUCUGUGCACUUGAAAGCAAAAUUGUCUGCACUAGGGACAGGAACUCCAGAUGAGCAAAUUUCAUCUGCACUUAAUGAGGGCUGGCUUUAUUGCUUAAAGAAAGGACAGGCUCGAACAUCAAAACUUCCUCAUUUUGACUGGACAGGGGCACUAAGGCCAUAUCCUAUGUCAAGCAGACGUAUUGUUCCUGAGCACAUUGACAAGCCUGACUGGGCAAUUGAUGGAAUCCCUAAAAUUGAGCCCAAUAGUGAUCUUCAGCAUGUUGUGGAGGUCAAAACUCCAGAGCAGAUUGAGAGAAUGAGAGAAACUUGUCGAAUUGCUCGGGAAGUUUUAGAUGCAGCUGCACGUGCUAUUCGGCCUGGUAUAACAACUGAUGAAAUUGACAAAGUGGUUCAUGAUGCAACAAUUGCUGCAGGAGGAUACCCAUCUCCACUAAAUUAUCAUUUCUUCCCAAAAUCUUGCUGCACGUCUGUUAAUGAAGUCAUCUGUCAUGGAAUUCCAGAUGCCAGGAGAUUGGAGGACGGUGAUAUUGUAAAUGUCGAUGUGACUGUCUAUUAUAAAGGUGUCCAUGGGGAUCUUAAUGAGACAUACUUUGUGGGAAAUGUUGAUGAAGCAUCUAAGCAGCUGGUUCAAUGUACUUACGAGUGCCUGGAGAAAGCUAUAUCUAUAGUUAAACCUGGAGUACGUUUUCGUGAAGUGGGGGAAGUCAUUAAUCGACAUGCUUCAAUGUCAGGGUUCUCUGUGGUGAAAUCAUACUGUGGUCACGGUAUUGGAGAACUGUUCCACUGUGCCCCUAAUAUUCCACAUUAUGGAAGAAACAAAGCUGUUGGUGUGAUGAAAGCAGGACAGACGUUUACCAUUGAACCAAUGAUCAAUGCAGGAGUCUGGCGUGACCGGAUGUGGCCUGAUGGAUGGACAGCUGUUACUGCAGAUGGAAAACGCAGUGCUCAAUUUGAACAAACACUUCUGGUGACCGACACUGGAGUUGAAGUUCUUACAGGACGGUUGCCUAGUUCGCCCAAGAUGUUCCCUUGGCUCAGUGCAUGACCACCCCAAGCUCAGUAGCAGUUUGAUGUAGGUUACAAUCGGCGGAUAAGAACUGAAACCAGCUCUUAAUGAUACAGUCAUGUCAGAGAAUGGAUUGGCACCAUUUCAAAUGAAGCAAGUAGUGAUUAGAUGGGUCCAUUUCACAUCAUAGAUCACCUGCUUGUAGGAUUCAAGCGUUAACUCUUGGAGCAAUUGUGAUCAAUGGGCUGUUAAGCUACAUGUUCUUUUACGCCCAAUUGGGUUUGAGUAUGAUAUCCCAUGAUUUUGCGACUGCUGUUUUAAACAUUGAGACAUGUAUGCACCACUGUCGAAGAAUGGCCAAUCUGUAAUUUAUCUUAAAAUAAAAUUGGAGAUGCGUGUUUUUCUCUUUCUUGAACUAUGUGACAAAUGAUGAAGUGGCACUUUUCCUACCAUCUUUUCUGCCCUGGGAAUUGCACUAUUCUGUACGGCAAUGUGCGCUGGAAAGCUCAAGUUAAUGGAGGUAACAGUGUUGGUCUUGGAUUA